GGCAGCAUGGCAGCCUGCUGGCUAGUGCUGUGACACCGUCUCAUUACCGAAAAUUCACCAAAAAUGACGAAAGGCACGUGCUGCACGAGCCCAGCAGGUCGGUAACGGGAGGCUCGUGAGCAUUAUGAUGAUGUGUUUUAGGAGGGAUGUUCGCUGGUUUGUGUCCGCGCGCAGUGCGGGUGCGUUGUGUCUCGAGGGCACGUCAUGGCGGCACAGACACACACCUGUCACCGGAGGCUCGAGGACCGUACAGCCGAAGGUGAGCGGCUCGUGGAUCUUCAGGCUCAGCGGAACAGACAGCCGGGUCGCGUGCACGUCCGGGAUUCUCCAGCAGCUCAAACCGACACCGUGGGACGCGCACGGACAUGCACUCCUGUACCGGGGAGGUCACGAGAGGUCGGCGGCUAGUAUCCGGUCCCUGCUGUCACCGGGGGCGCGAGGGCUCUGCAGCGGAAAGCCCAAAGAGACACCGGAGAGCCCACGUGAGGAGGACCGGACUGAAGCUGCUCCGGUACCGGGACAAGGACUGUUCAAGUUCAAAGAGCUGUACGAGAACCCUUGGACAAUCCCCAACCUGUUGUGCGUGUGUCGGAUUUCUCUGGCUCCGUUCCUGGGUCAUCUGAUCAUCCAGCAGCACUUUCACCUCAGUCUGGCUCUAUUUGCCCUGGCAGGAGCGACGGACUUGUUGGACGGUUACAUUGCCAGAACGUGGCCCACUCAGAAGUCCGCACUGGGCAGCGCUCUCGACCCGCUGGCGGAUAAAAUUCUCAUCAGUAUUUUAUAUGUCAGUCUCACCUAUGCUGAAAUUAUACCAGCUCCACUGACAGCUCUAGUGAUAUUCAGAGACAUCGGUUUGAUAGCUGCUGUCUUCUGGGUCAGAUAUAAGACUGUACCUCCACCGGUGACCCUCAGUAAGUUUUUUAACCCCUGCUACACCACAGCGCAGCUCAAGCCCACACUUUUCAGCAAGGUGAAUACAGCCAUCCAGCUUCUUCUGGUCGCAGCUUCUCUGGCCGCUCCGGUUUUCCAUUUUCCAGACAGUAUCCUGCUGCAGUGCUUAUGGUAUGUUACAGCAGUGACAACAACAGUGUCGGGCUACAGCUACUGGCACUACGGCCGCAAGACUGUCGAGGUGCUUAACAGGUCACCAUGACAACCACGCCAGGAAACACCCAGAAGCGGAACAAAAAAGCAGCGAAACGCCGCUGCGGGGACACUGGGCAGCCGUGGCAGAAACCGGACAGAUAGAUGGACGAUUUCCAGGAGUACUGAAACCAAGUAGCUGUGACAACCAUUUAUGAGUCGCCAUGGCAAUGAUGCACGGAAACCAACGGAGGUCGCAGGUGGUUUACUGCAACACUACAGAAACGCCUCACAGCAGCUCUGUCACUGGACUGAAGUAGAGACACACGUCUUGAGAUGAAAACGGGCAAACUAAGACACACACACACACACACAUACACACACAAACUCAAACUCUCACGUCGAGCAUACAUCAAGUGAUCUGGCAAGAGCUUCUAUUUUUUCUUAGUUUUUCAAUCAAGAUUGUUGAAAUGUCAUCCUAAUCAUCGUCACACGAUUGUCAGUUUUGUAAACCAAUGAUUUAUGAUUAAAAAAGAAAAUUUGCUUUGA